AUGCCCUUCGCGGCUGUCUUGCCCUGGGUCGUUCUCGGCCUGUGCAGGCCGUCACUCGGCGCUGCCUUGACCAUUCCCGACGACGCGGCGAGGCCAGUCAUCACGCCGGCGCCGGAAUUCCCUCUGAAUCCUCGGGGAGAGUACUCGGCCCUGUCAUCAACGUGCGGCUAUCUCAACGGUGACCCGAGGAAGCCUCGCUUCGCCCCUUCGGGCUCGGCAUGUAACUGGAGCUCCACGUACUGGGGCUUCUGCGCGACGUCGGACUUGGAUAAGUGCACGAUAUACGCAACGUGCAUCGACAGUUAUGGCUGUAAUGGCGGAUGCCCGGGAACAACAAAGUCAAAAGACUACACGGCAAUCACCUGUCCCUCUGGACAGUACUGCUCGACUGCCCUGUUGAGUUACAAUGUUCAGCAGACCAAUGCCAUUGGGUCAUACACAUUCGUCACCUGCGGCGUUGAGGCUGCGACCGCCCACUACAUAGUGUCACCAACGAUGCUUUUGGUCGACACAUCGGCAGUGCCCACCAGCACUGCCAGCCAAGGGCAGGUUACUUCGUCGAGCAAGUCGACCGCACCAGCGGGUGCCUCGCCCGACGGCAGCCCGACCAGCUCGCCGGCGCAACCCAGCAUCAUCGCAUCUGGCAGCCAGCAGCAAAGCUCCGUCGCGGCCAUUGCCGGCGGCGUGGUGGGCGCCCUCGCCGUAUUGUGCGGCUCAGCCUUUGCUAUCUUUUUCCUCGUGAGAAGGAACCGCCGCAAGUCUGAGAAGUCCAACAGUGCGGGGGCGACGGGCGACGGGGACGACCAGAUGGACGACAAAACGCAGAUAGUGUCCAUUGGCUACAGGGCCCAGGACGACUCGCGGAUUAAUACCGACGUGGACGCGAGGAGCGAGCUGCCGGCCGAUGUCAUGAGCCGAGACUCUCCGGUAACAGGAGACAUAAGGAGCAUGUGCUUCAGCAUGCCGCCGUCGACGACCGACUCGGUCGUAUUACCACCGUGGGCGGCUUCGGAACUGCCCGUGCAGUAUUCCAGGAUGUCGCAUCGCGCAGAGAUGCCGGGCUGA